AUGAUGGAGCCGGGAGCGGGCCUGCGCUUCUUCCCUCGGCGCUCGCCCCCCGGCGCUGCCGCCGAGCACCCCGGGGACCCCAAACCCGUGUCCUCGCCCCGGCCGGAGGAGGCUCGGCCUGGCUUCUGGAUGAAGCUGCUCUCCCAGCUCUUCGCGCCGCUCCCUGGCCUGCUGCAGAGGCUGCUGGUGUGGAGCCAGCUGCUCGGCGGGAUGGUCCCGGCGAGGUGGCUCGACUUCGCCGCGGGCUACAGCGCCCUGCGGGCCCGCGAGGAGCCGGCCGCCCCCGCGGGGCAGAAAUCGCUGGGUUCGCUCCGGCUGGGCCCCUCCCCGGUCGACUCGGCCGCCGACCUUCUGGACCUUCUGGAGGAGGGGAUCCAGUGGGAGUGCCUGGCCUCCGAUCUGAAAGCCACGGGCAGAGCCCUGCACCCCGAGGCCCGCGCCCCUCUCCUGGAGCAGCAGCUGUGGAGGAUGGAGCUGCUGCAGGAGAGCCUUCAGGCCCGGCUGUUAUCGGACCAGGACCUUGGCCAUCCGUCCUCCGGGCUGAAAAACACGCAUCGCGUAAGCAGUUUCAGCGCCGUCUCCUAUUUGCUGAACCCCUCUUAUCUGGACUGCCUGUCCCCGGUAGAACUUAGCGGCUGUCAGGACUUCUUCGCCGGUGGCGAGCUGGUGGGUUUCCGGACGCUGAGCCCGGAGGGCAGCUGUCUGCCGGAGGAGGACCCCACUGCCCCCCGGCCGCUGGACGCAGACGGCCCCCGCUCCCCCUGGCAGCGAUGCCCACCGCUCUCGAGAGAAGGCCUGCCCGAGAUCCACCACGUUCGCAUGAAACGGCUGGAAUUCCUCCAGCAGCCUAGCAAGGGGCAGGCGUUACCCACCCCCGACCAAGACCAUGGCUACCACAGCCUGGAGGAGGAACACAGCCUGCUCCGGAUGGACCCCAAGCCCUGCGGAGGCAGCCCGGCACCCUGUGUUCCUCCCGCUGGAGCCGUUCCCGGAACUGCCCCGGAGCCCACGGAGGAAAAAAAAGAAUUGACUCAAGAAGAGGUUCCUCUGGAGCCGUCGGAGGGCCGCCUGUCCUGUGAGGCACCCAUGGAAAGGGACCCCGAGGAGGAGGACCAGAGCAGUGAGGUUGACUUCUCAGACCUAGAAGACGACCCUCCCGUGUCUGCCAGGCCGGCCUGCAGCAACAAGCUGAUCGAUUACAUUCUGGGAGGUGCAUCCAGCGACCUGGAAACAAGCUCUGAUUCAGAAGGUGAGGACUGGGAUGAGGACGAUGGCUUUGACAGUGACAGCUCACUCUCUGAAUCAGACCUUGAGCAAGACUCUGAAGGGCUGCACCUCUGGAACUCCUUCCACAGUGUAGAUCCUUACAAUCCCCAGAACUUCACAGCAGCCAUUCAGACUGCUGCCCCCGCUGCUCCCGAAGACCCUUCUGACCCCCAGAAAGGUUUGUCUGACAAGUCUGAUCUGGGGAGUUCUCUCCAGACCGGAAGCCUUCCUGAGGCUCCGGACCUUAAUUCUGGGGCGGAAGAUGACUGGGAAUCUAGUGCAGAUGAAGCAGAGAGUCUCAGACUGUGGAACUCUUUCUGUAAUUCGGAAGACCCCUACAACCUUUUAAAUUUUAAGGCUCCUUUUCAAACAGCAGGGAAAAACGGGAAAGGCUCUCAGGACUCAGAGAGGCCACCUGAGCCCAUUGUGACCAUUUCUGAGUGUCACACCUUGCUUUCCUGUAAGGUGCAACUGGUAGCGAGCCGAGACAGUGAGUGUCCGGACUUGGUACCGGGUGGGGUUCUUUCUGGAGGACACACGCAUAUCAAGAGAAAAAAGGUAACCUUCCUUGAAGAAGUUACUGAGUAUUAUAUAAGUGGUGAUGAGGAUCGCAAAGGACCAUGGGAAGAAUUUGCACGGGAUGGAUGCAGGUUCCAGAAACGAAUUCAAGAAACAGAAGACGCUAUUGGAUAUUGCUUGACAUUUGAGCACAGAGAAAGAAUGUUUCAUAGACUCCAGGAAACAUAUGCUUCAAGGGACUUGAUGCUUUCUAGCCAUGUUCAGAUGAUGUAA